AUGGCGACAUUUACAGAGACACUCGUCAAAAAGGACGAUUCAUUCACGACGAAGGGGGCCCGGUUUCAUGAUCUACCGACUCCCAAGGAGUAUGACAUCCCUCUCCCUCCUCCAUCAGUCAACCCGACCGAGAUUCUAGAAGUGGAUAAAGGCACGCCCGAUAGCCAUGUUCCCCGUGAUCCACGACUUAUCCGAUUAACUGGUAUUCAUCCAUUCAACGUUGAGCCACCACUUAGCGCGUUAUACAAAGAAGGCUUCCUCACAUCACCGGAACUAUUCUACGUUCGAAAUCAUGGCCCUGUACCGCAAGUCCGAGAUGAAGAUAUACCCAACUGGGAACUGAGCAUAGAAGGCCUAGUGGAAACCCCAAUAACGCUAAGCUUUCGAGAUAUCCUUCAAAAAUACGAUCAAAUCACCACACCAAUCACACUCGUCUGUGCCGGAAACAGACGAAAAGAACAAAAUACAGUCCGAAAGUCCAAAGGGUUCUCAUGGGGCCCGGCUGGACUUUCAACGGCACUAUGGACCGGCCCCAUGAUGGCCGAUAUCCUACGCAGUGCAAAGCCGCUCCGAAAAAGCCAACCAAAUGGGUAUUAUGGCACAUCCGUCAAAUUAAACUUGGCUAUGGACUUCAACAGAGGGAUCAUGUUGGCUCAUAAGAUGAAUGGCGAGGACUUGCGCCCAGAUCAUGGUAGACCUUUAAGAGCAGUGGUGCCUGGACAGAUUGGUGGGCGGAGUGUCAAGUGGCUUAAGAAGCUCAUUGUGACUGAGGCGCCCAGUGAAAAUUGGUAUCACAUCUACGAUAACCGGGUGUUACCGACAAUGGUUUCGCCGGAGAUGGCGGCCCAGGACACCAAAUGGUGGACUGAUGAGCGGUAUGCCAUUUAUGAUCUCAAUGUCAACUCCGUGGCGGCCUUCCCCGAGCAUGAGGAAGUACUGGACUUGACAACUGCCGGGUCGACAUAUACGGCGAAAGGGUACGCCUACGCGGGAGGUGGUCGAAGAAUAACAAGAGUUGACAUCUCUCUUGACAAAGGCAAAUCAUGGCGACUUGCCAACAUUGAGUACGCCGAAGACAAGUACAGAGAUUUCGAAGGCGAUCUUUUUGGUGGAAAGGUGGACAUGUGGAAACGGGAAAGUUGUUUCUGCUGGUCAUUUUGGUCUCUUGAAAUACCGGUCUCCGACCUGGAGAGCAGCGAUGCGCUGCUUGUCAGGGCCAUGGACGAUGGAAUGAUGGUGCAACCCCGAGACAUGUACUGGUCCGUCCUGGGUAUGAUGAACAACCCCUGGUUCCGAGUCACAAUCACAAAAGAAGGCAAACGCCUCAAGUUUGAGCACCCAACUCAUCCUGCAAGGGCUGGAGGUUGGAUGGAAAAGGCCAAGAAAGCAGGUGGUGAUUUGACAAAUGGAAAUUGGGCGAGAAAAUCGAGGGAGAAGUUCCCCGUUGAGCCGGAGCCCGUGAAAGAAAUCAAUAUGAAGAAAGAGGGAUUGAGUCGUGUUAUUGAUUUACAAGAGCUCAAGGCAAAUAGCAGUGCUGAAAAGCCUUGGUUCGUUUAUCACUUCUCGGCCGGGUUGGAUGUUUCAGAGGACUUCCUUGCUAUCCACAGCGAAACGGCCAAGUUAAUGAUGCCCGAAUAUCAUAUUGGAACGCUGGAUAAAGCCUCCCUCGAAUCUCUCAACAGCGACUCGACGGCAGUUUCAGCUGAACCACGCUCAAUCUUCCUCCAGUCACGCUCAUGGGCAAAAAUGAAGCUUUCUGAGGUAAAGAACGUAUCAUGGGACACCAAAAUUUUCGUCUUUGACCUAGAGCACGACGGACAAUCCCUAGGCCUACCAAUAGGCCAACACUUGAUGAUCAAAGUCCCAGACCCAACCAACAAGGAAGCAAUCAUUCGAUCCUACACCCCCAUCUCCGACACAAACGUGAAAGGAAAGAUGGAAUUGUUAGUCAAAAUCUAUUUCCCGACUGGAAAUAUCCCCGGCGGCAAGAUGACCAUGGCACUCGAUGCGUUGGUCGUAGGAGCCGAGAUAGACUGCAAAGGACCCACAGGUCGGUUCGAGUAUCUUGGAAACGGCCGGGUCACGAUCAGCGGUAAAGAGCGCAAGGUCCGCUCAUUCAAGAUGAUCUGCGGUGGGACUGGUCUCACUCCCAUUUUCCAGGUUCUGCGUGCCGUCAUGCUGGAUCAUCAGGAUCCUACUACGUGUGUUGUCCUCGAUGGCAACAGAUUAGAAGAAGAUAUCCUUUGUCGAGCUGAGCUUGAUGCGUAUGUGGCUGUUGACAGCCGCAAAUGCACCGUCGUGCAUACUUUGUCGAAGGCGUCAGACAAAUGGGUCGGUCGCCGGGGGGCGUAUCUCUGA